AUGUCCGCAGUAGAUACAGCGCCUGCACCUCUUCGACUUCCCGCCAUCCUUCAAAAUCCCACCAACACCUCAUUGAGACAAGUCGAAGCUCACAAUGCCCAACAAAGGGAGAAAGUUCAAGCCAGACGUGAAGCUAGACUACCUAGUAAGAAUGAAGGUAGAGGUGGGAAAGGGAAGAGGGUAAUUAGGAGAUUAGACAAUGCUGCAUUCACAUCAAAUCCACACAUCGUGACACCUUCAAGAUCCGAUUAUUUACCUCCAGUGCCAUUACAGUAUCGACCUUUUCAACCUUCUUUCCCGCCGAAUACCGUUCCUAGAUCGGCCCCUAUACCUUCCGUUGUCUUACCCUCCAAAGAUCCCAACUCUUCCGAUUCAGUCAAUGGAGCAUUCAACUUAUCCUUGAAGGGGACCAGAGCAUUAUUGAGGAAAAGAGGUAGAAGAGUUGAAAAUCUAGUAGGCAAAGUCGAAAAUGAAAUCAAGGGCUGGUUAGAUGGUGGUUAUAAUUUAUCAUUAUCUGAACAGACUUCAAAUGAUUGGACAAUUAUUGAUGAUACCCUCAUUGAUAUACCAUCAUCUACAAGUAAAGACGAAGAAUCUAAUUCUGCUUCAGGAUCUGGCUCUGGAUCUGGAUCUGGAUCUGUAUCGAUAAAUACAAUGACAUCGAUGAGAAGGAGAUUACCUGUUCAGCAUCAAAUAACAGGUUUAUUGCCUUCUCUGCCCCUUCAAGAUGAACACGGCCAAGCACAUGCUAUAUUGGAAAUAUCAAGAUCACCGGCUCACCUAAGCUGGUACAUUGUUGAUGGAUUCGAAAGAUUAGUCGUUCAUCUAUUGGCGAGAUAUUAUGAAUUGAUCUCAUGGAGCGAACAGCACACGACCAUCUCGAACGAAUCAAUUCGAUUAACUCAUAUUGUCCUUCCAUCAAUGACGAAACCUAGACCUGCCAAUAUGCAAAAUGCAUUACUCACACCAGAAACUUCUGAGUUGUCUUCACAGUCUGGACCUGACUCUAUUGGACUAUCGACCAGUGAAGAAUCGGAUACUGCCACGGAAAGAGGAGACGAUGAAGACCUUGCUUCCGAAUCUGGAUCAGUUGAAGGAUAUACUUUAGAAGAAGGUGAAACUACAAUUACCGAUAUAAAUAUGACACAAGGAUCUAUUCCCACGGAUGAAAUGUCAAGAUUAGAUGUAAAUGACGUUGGUGAAGUCUCAUUUGGAUUAGAAAGAACUUUGUCCAACACAUCAUCAAGAUACGCUUCUUCAGAAGGAGAAGGUUCGAAUUCUGACUAUUCGGUUCUAGGCGAUAGUUUCGUUCUACCACCUCGACCCACCACGCAAAGUACAGGAUCAGGAGGUGGAAUCAUUCCAGCUGGUGAUUGGAGUGAUAUUGGUUCAGAUCUUGGCGAUUUACCCAUGCCUAUGCCUCAUGGAGGGAUUUCGAGUGGGAUAGGAGGAAUAUCUAGAUCGUUCGAAGGAAACGGGAAUGGCUUUGCAUUUGGAGCAGGGAAGGAAAGGAAGAAUUGGCAAGAGAAACCUACCUUUUUUGAAUAUCUUUAUGGUGCAUAA